AUGAAGGAGAUGGUUGGGGGAUGUUGUGUUUGCUCCGACGAGCGUGGUUGGGCUGAAAAUCCUCUUGUUUAUUGUGACGGACAAGGUUGUAAUGUUGCUGUGCAUCAAGCCUGUUACGGCAUUGUUCAAGUACCUACUGGACCUUGGUUUUGUAGAAAAUGUGAAUCUCAAGAAAGAAGUGCUAGAGUUAGAUGUGAACUUUGUCCUUCAAAAGACGGAGCUUUGAAAAGAACCGACAGUAGUGGAUGGGCUCAUGUUGUUUGUGCACUUUAUAUACCAGAAGUUAGAUUUGGGAAUGUGACUACAAUGGAGCCAAUAAUAUUGCAAUUAGUUCCGCAGGAACGUUAUAAUAAGCUGUGUUAUAUUUGUGAAGAGCAGGGCAAGGAGUCGAAGGCAAGUGUUGGAGCGUGCAUGCAGUGUAACAAAUCCGGUUGUAAGCAGUACUUUCAUGUUACAUGUGCACAAGCUGCUGGAUUGCUGUGUGAAGAAGCUGGUAACUAUAUGGAUAAUGUUAAGUAUUGUGGGUACUGCCUUUAUCAUUACCAGAAGUUGGUAAGUAGCCAACAAACUAGCUGCAAAGUAAGAGUGAAAAAAGACACCCAUAUCAAAACAAUACCUGCAUUUAAACCAAUUCCGGCUGAUAACGCAACGCCAGAGCCUAGUCCAGAAAAAGCGACUCCUGCUCAGUGUAAAGAAAGGAAUCGGCGUAGUGACAAAAGGAACAGGCAAGCAGCAAAUGCUGCUAGUAACUCUGUUAAUGUAAAUACAAACACUGACUCUGUGUCUGUGAACUUACAGUCAUCGAACACUGAACAAGGUUUCCAAAGUGAUAGUAGUGCUAGUACAAUUAGCAACAGUAGCAUUACUAAUCUCAAUGCAAAUAGCAAUGAUAGUUGUAAAAAUGUUGAUAGCAAGAAUAAGAAGAGUGAAUUUCUCUGUAAUAGUAACAGUUCUAGCAGCAAAUUUGCUGCCUCUAAUUUUAAAGAUACUUCUGUGUCACCUUCUCAUAGUCCAAUUUUUGUAAAUGAGAAAGGUAAAAAAAAGUCAAAAGAACUCAAUUCGGACUCUGACAAGAGAAAUUCGCUCGACUCUAAGGACUCAAAAGAAGCAACGGCAGCACCAACGUUUAGCAGCAUGUACGAAAGUUUUAUCAACAAGGAUCUUAAAGCAAACUGCAGUAAUCAAGAAAGCAAACCAGCUUCAGAGAAGCGCAAGUCUGCGGAAAGUGCUGAAGAACCCGAGAAAAAGAAAUCAAAACAUUCCAAAAGCAAAUCAAAGUCUACAAAAAGUUUAAUUGAAGCUGUUAUUCCACCUGAAAAAUGUAAUCCCCAAAUUCCAAUCGUUAGGAUAAAAAGGAAGUUUAAUCACGAUAAAUCUUGUAGCUCCCAUUCAGUUGAAAAAGUAGAGCACGAAACUGUCAUUAGCGUACCUGAAUCUCGAUGUGCUCCUGAAUUAAAAGUCAUUAGUCCCAAAAUUGAGUUACAAGAUAUUUCCAAUGAUCAAAGUGAAAGUCUUCCAGCUAAUAUUGUUGAAAUCAAGUGUGAAAUCGACCCCCCAGAAGAAGAAGACUUUAUGAUGCUCGAAGAAAAUGAUCUCAUCGAUAAAGUUGCUUCGAUUCUAAGAACUACAAUUUUGAAAAUGGAGAAAACAAAAUUACCUGCUGCAAUGAAAACAAAGGAUUUGAUAAAUGGUGAAUGCACAAUUCCUGAAAAAUUAGAUCGUUUCUUUAAAGCAUUGAUUGGAGGCAAUAUGGAUCACCUGAAUGCACCUUUAAAGCUUUGGAUUCAAUGGGGAGUAGGAAACCAUGAACGUCUAAUAAACGUCAAUGAGUUAUAUCAAGCUCUUGGUAAACUAAGGCCCUUCAAGUUGCUAGAGAAAUCUGUUGAGUACCAGUUGGCAUGUCAAGAGAUUACAACAGACGAUGAGCGUGUACUAGAACGCACAUUUGACAGAAUGCAACCACCUACCUCUUUAGAAGAUCUUUUAGAAAAGCAAUGGAUGCAAACAUCCAAUUUUUUAAUGGGACAAGCUCAACAUUUUGAUAUUGCAACAUUAUUGUCAAGUCUUUAUCAGUUGAAAACUGAAAACCAUACCAUGGAAAAGCAAGUUCAAGAGCUUAUUUCUAGAAGGGAUGCUCUACUUGCAAUCAAUGCUCGACUGAAAGCUCUCCCUGCAGAAGCUGUUCCUAACAAUUUACCAUAUUCGGCUUUGUCGCUUUUAGCUGCAAAGCCUUUAUCUCCAAGUGACCACCAUCCAGCAGCGACUUUUGCAGGCUACAUACCGUUUGAGAAUGCUAUGGUACACAGUACGCAGGAUUUCAACUGUCACAAAAGUCCUUUAGCAAGUCAUAGUCCAGCUGCAACUGUUGGGUCUAGUAGUCUACCUCUGACACCAAGUCCUAUUCCAUGCAGUCCUAUGACUAAACCUGAUGUUUUCCCUCAGUUAUCUGCAUUUACUCGAGAUUCUAGUCCACUGAACCAUAUGCCCAUUGUGACAAGUGCUACUUCACAACCUGCUCAUAUGUUUAGUUCACCUGGUAUCAUUUCCAAUUCACUUCUCAUUCCAGAGAACAGUUCGUACAACAACUCAAUGGUCUCGCUAGCAAAUGGUUCAACUGACACUCAGGAACAAGAACCAUCUACUGCUGUUUAUCAAACUAUAUCACCUCCUUUCAGCAAUCCAGAGACUAACUCACCCACUAAUACCACAAGUCAUUCUGUAUGUAAUAAUCUCGUUUUCCAUCAAACAUUUGAAAAUGCAUUGCAGAACAAUAACAGUAGCAAUGAAGAGGAUAGAUGA